AUGACAGUAGUUAUAAAACCAUUUGGAUUUAACCAGUUCAAAGAUCUUUGCGAUCCAUCAACUCUUGAUUGCGAUAACUAUGCGUUCAAUCUCAUAGUCAACCAGGAAUUAUCGGGAAUUCUCCAACAACUCUGUGGCCAGACGGUCAUACUUGCGAAUCCCAAAAUUCGCAAGCGUGCGCUCAAAGAAGAGGUUUGUCAAUUUCUGAGGUCACAAGGGCACAUUUGUGUACCUUCAGAGCAGGACAAAGAUUACCUGACGGCAGACUGUACCAAACAGGUACCCACACAACUGUUAGUCGAAUGCCUUGUCCAACUGAACGUUCCAUUUAGACGAUGCACCAACUUUGGUCAGAAGGAGAAGACGGACAAGUUUGUCACUUUCGAACGAGCUAUUGCAGCAUGCACAGCAGAAAGAAGCGGCUACCUCCACAACUAUUGGGACAUAUCGUUCUCAAAAAAGGUUCCAUAUAUUUGUGUUAUUGCUGUAGAGAACAGAUACCUGCUCCCUGCCAACCUCAAGCUCGACAGGUACCUCUUAUUCACGCCUCUUGACGAUCGACCAGCCCCGAGGUUCAAUCACGGGGGCAGCACUACCAUCAAUUUCACCAACACCGAGGGCCUGACAUCGGUAAAGGUCUAUAACUUGCUGUUCCACCUCCUCCGAGCAUGUCAUCAGUACGACUUUUCAAGAGUUCCAAUGUUAAAGAGGGGAGGCAACCAGCGACUCCGCAAUUACGGCGAAAUCCUCGUUCGCCCCAUUGAGAACAAACACAGUGCAGGACGAAAACGUUUUGAAACGAGGAUAUUAGCCAAGACCUUUGCCCGGGCUGUCGACCAGUUCCACAGACUAGAACUAUACAAGAUUGUGGAACGAAUCAAACCUGCCACACUGAUCGUCAGGAGGUUAUAUGUGGACGCCUACCUUGACAAGGUGGGUCAGAAGCUGAGGUUGGCAGAGAAGGUUCCGAAAAGUGGUGUUACACGACACCAUGGCGGUAAGAGACUCAACAACCCACAAAAACAAAUUCUGGGAGACCUAAAAAGUUUAUUUGGCUACUCCACCCACACCAGCUACAAGACGGACCCAAUAUCACCCACGGCCUGGUGGCGUACAGAGCCCAGAAGAGGUAGGACUCUUGUGGCACCAGUGACUAGUGAUAUUUCAUAUGAAGAGGAGGAAGAAGAACAAAGAGCGAUUGCAGGUGUGCAGGCAAGAAAUGGUUCAAUGAGGAGAGUGAGAGAAUUGAUGGAGUUAUGUGAGUGGUGGAGGAGAAAUGGUGGCCAGCGAAGAAUCAUGUGGGACAAAGUGUAAUCACCUUGGGCAAGAGUUCCCAAGGGUCUUCUGCAGCAAAGACCAGUUGCAAAAUACAUCUAAAAACCUGAGAAAGGGAGGUAGAGUGUAAGUUGUUGUGUGUGUUAGAUUAAGUUGCUGUAUUAGUAGUUUAGGAUUAGUAUUACUGCUUUCCGUUGCUAAUUGGUGUUUUGCUUUGGUUAGGGCUGAGAAAUAUAUAAAACUUGACCCGAAAUACACCGGAAAAUACUUCAAAAAGACUCGUAAUGGCUUACUCAAAAGCUGUUACAAAAAGGAGCAAACGUGAAAGCGUCUGACGUUACAUAGACAUUUAUGCAUAUAAGUACGAGAGUACUCCUACGCGAUAAAGGCUCGCUUCUUGCCAAAGAGUACGACCGAGACGUACGGUCGAGUAGGAUUUCGCCUAGAACCAGAUGUGAAUGUCGAUGACAGUAACUAUGAAACCAUUUGGAUUCAAACUUUGUUGCAUAUAGAAGCAAAUGCUAAGGCGUUUGACGUUACAUAGAAGUUUAUGCAUAUAAGUACAAGACUACUACUAGGCGAUAAAGACUCGCUUCUCGGCAAACAGUACGGCCGAGACAAACGGUCGAGUCAGAUUUCGCUUAGAAUCAGAUGUGAAUCGUCGAUGACAGUAGUUAUAAAACCAUUUGGAUUUAACCAGUUCAAAGAUCUUUGCGAUCCAUCAACUCUUGAUUGCGAUAACUAUGCGUUCAAUCUCAUAGUCAACCAGGAAUUAUCGGGAAUUCUCCAACAACUCUGUGGCCAGACGGUCAUACUUGCGAAUCCCAAAAUUCGCAAGUGUGACAGAUCGUUGUGUGCUGCAUGAGACUUUGAGCCUCUCAGUUUGACCAAAACACGUCAUCUUGGAGACGGUAAAUAGGCGUGCGCUCAA